AUGUCCUUCAGAAAGUCCGCAAGCAGCCCAAGGCCGGCCGGCAAGCUCGAGCUGGCGGACGACGCGACGCUCAAGGCGCACCUCACGGCGGCCUUCGAUGAGCUCGACGCCGACAAGAGAGGCAAAGUGAGCCGCGCGGAGCUGCGCCUGGCGUUUCUGCGCUUGGCGUGGCUGGCGGGGCUGCCGGAGCCGGGCGGCAGUGCGGAGUUGGACCGCGCGGUGGACGAGGCGUUCGAGACGGGCGAAAACGAAGGCGACGAGACGGGCGAGCUGGACAGGGACCACUUCGUCGCCUUGUCGCUAGGGUUGCUCAAUAUCGUCAAGAUCGCCGCGACGUACGCAGUGGCGCCGCUGCUGUUGCAGGUGUUCACCUGCGGGGCGAUGCGCUACUCGCCAACUAGCGCGGAGCAGCGAGCGGAGGCGGCGCUGGCGGAGGCGGCGUUCAAGCAGAUGGACAGGGGCGGCCGCGGCAAGCUGUCCAAGCGGGAUUUGCUGCCCGUGCUCGCUGCCCUCGGCAUCGAAGGCACGCCGCCUCCCCAAGUGGCGGAGGCGACGCUGUCGGCGCUGCUGGAGAGGUACGCGGCGGGAGCGGAGGAGAUGGGGCGCGAGCAGUUCAACGAGCUCUUCGUGCAGCUCGUGACGGGCAUGGCGGACCUUCUCGACACGAAGGAGCAGCCUGCUUUCGCGCGGGAGGCGUCGAUCGCGCUCAGCGCGCGCAGCCUUAGAAAGAUCCUCGCGAGCAAAGAGCCUCUCCAGAAGAUGGCCAGCGAGUCCUUCGCUGACUUGGACGUCAGCAACGCCGGCCAGCUGUCACGCGCUGACGUCAUGAGCGGGUUGCGGAAGGGGUUCAUGAUGUGGGGGCUGACGCCGCAGCAGAUGGACUCGCUCCUCUCCUGCCACUUCACCGUAGCUGACUUUGACAGCAGCGGCUUCGUGGACCACGGCAAGUUCUCCGCGCUGUACCCCGCGCUGCUGGCGUCACUCGUAGAGCAGCUGGAGCAGAACCCCUUCGUGCUCAAGGUGUCCCUGCUCAAGGAUCUGCCAGUGGGCGGCGGGGCCUCUGGAUAA